UUGUGCCUCGUCCUCCGCGCAUAUAUAACGAUCAGAAUUCGCCGCUAAAAUGCUGCUUACAGCCAGCCAUGACUGGCUUCGAGGACUUGAAUGACGAUGUACUGUACCUGAUCCUCGACUACUUGUACCUAGAGCGAGCUUCUGCUCUCCGUAGGUUACGGCUUACUUCUUCACGCUUGAAAGAAUUUGCCGAGGCCGUAGCGCACAGGAGUAUAUCGUUAGUUGACGAUGUAGUCCACGAUCAAUUCACCUACCGACUGGCCGAACGACUGACAGACCCCACUGACAAGUUAUGUCACUACGUGCGGGAUCUCCUUGUGGUUAACUUCAAGGGGGAUGCAGAGAGCUACUGCCUCAACAACAUCUUGAUCGCGAAAUGCCUCGAGCAUGUGCAACGGCUAGACUCUUUCAGUUGGGAUAGCGACACACCGAUACCGGGCAAGACCUUGGACGUGCUGCGGCAACGAUUCCCUCGGGCACAGCUUUACGCCAACAUCAGGACAAUCGAUAUGAGGCUUCUUUCCACGACACAACUUCAUCGACUGGACAUCUCGGUCCCGUGUCUAGAUCUUUCCAACGAAUAUAGCAUCUCCUUUUUUGGAGUUUUCAAGCAAGCGCUACUCCGUCUUGUCAGCCUUUGCCAUUUGGGCAUUGACACCCAUUAUAACGCCAACUUUGGUAAAAGGGAAGGUAGAGCACUGGAUCGUCUACAGUUGCCCUUCGAGCCUGGUGAUAAACUACCAUCACUUGUGUCACUCGCUUUGCGCAGCAAGAGCUAUGCUUUCGACACCGACCACUGCAAAAUGCUGCAUGCCGCCAUGGACUGCGAUAAGGUCCAGCGCCUGAUUAUUGGGUCUCCCAAUCCCGGCAAUUUCUUUCAGGUUUUCAACGGACACUUACCCCGUUUGACACAUCUCGACGUCUCCUACACGUCGAUUAAGGACGAUCCAAGACAUCGCCGUCUUGAGUCUUUGUCGAUCUUCGUGGCUGGACUUGUAUCACUCAAGAGUUUCGUAUUCCGCUGUAAUAACUUGGAUCUGCGCGCAGAUUUCGCUAGACUGCUAGCGGUCAGACAUGGGCCCACGCUUGUUCGCCUCAGUCUGCAAGCAAUACAAGAGAAUGUUGAGGGUCCAUCUUUCGCCGGCAACAUCAGGACGUUUCUCUGGAAGUUCACCGACUUGCAGCUUCUCGACAUGGCAUUCCCCAGCAUUCGAAGCUGCCACCGCUGUCCCGACUGCGAGGACUACCAGUGGGGGGAAGCCAAACACUUCUCGUUUGUUCCUCCGCUACCAAGCCUACGAGGCGUUCACCUGUCCAUCCGUGCACCCCUCCUGGACCGCUCACUGUACGCAUCCAUCGACAAGCAUGCUCAUUGUACCAUAUGUCACCUCUGGACUACCUUUGUGGAGCAUCCAGAGUCGCAACUCGAGACACUGGGCAUACGCUUCUGGAGAUGGGCAAUGAAUGGGCGUCAGCCAUGUGUCGAAGAGUUGAUUUACGAUACUGUAAGACUGCGUGGAGAGCUUUCAGUCAAGAUUCGGCAUCAUCGUGAGAUACCUGUAGUAAUCUACAAAGAAGUCUGGGAUCCAUGGGAUAGACAAAAAUUCGUGGCAUUCGAGGUCGCCAAGGAUAAACGAGAGGCGGGCAUACAGAUGCUGUAGUGUCCAAAUGCUUUAUCAGAGUACAAGGACCCUUCGAGAUGGGGUUGACUAACUUUCAGAACACAGGAAUUUUCAUACUGAGGCACCGGACGCUCUUAGGCUCUGCUUAACGCGGCGCGACGAUUCUAAUACUUCACCUUCAAAGUUGCCUCAGAGAUUGUUUCACGGAACCUGGAUCGGUCUGAGACAUUUGAGGUCGGUGUGUUGUCCGAUGACAAGGUUGCUCCGCGCAAGCUCUCCAACAACCGCUGCGCUGUCUUCAGGUGGGAAAAUAGGGGCUACCACAAUUAAGGCUACCGGAGCAAGCAACAAUGAAGAAAUUCACUUCACACAUAGAACUAGAAUCGGAAGCUAUCCUUGUAGGGAGCCUGUAUAUUUCUGUUCAUGUGUUGCUGAUUAAGACGGCAACGGCGGAUGUGGAAGAGAGUAGUAUUUCAAUGACAUGAAAACCUGAAUAUGCGGUAUGAAUGCAUUUGUCG